GACAGCUUCCGAGCCGGCUUCAGAUUUGCCUUGCUUUUUGUUUCAAUAGGUGCCUUGAGCUGAAAAUAGGGCUCGUAAACAACUCACGUCGGAAUAGACGGUCCGAUAAAGAAUGAGUCUCAAUCCAACGCUAAGCUGUCCGAUUUGCGGCGCGAAAGAAGGCCUCUCUAGAUGUGCCGGAUGUAAGGUCACGUUCUACUGUAGCCAAGAGCAUCUUAUAUCCGACAGGCCAGACCAUGAAGGCGCUUGCAAAGAUGUCAAGAAAGCCCGAAUCGCCCUCGAAGAUGAAGAAGCAACACUACGAGCGGCGCCGGGCGACUUCAUGCCCGCCGGUGAAACGAUCUUUGAAGACGAAGCGGGCUACUUUUGGGGCAUCGUCAAGACCCGUCCAUACAUGCGAGCUCGGUAUGCGUUGGUAGAAGCCCUCCUGGAAAUCAGCACCUACGCUGCGGUGGACGCGGCGCUCAACCACCUGUUGGACAUGCUUCGCCUCUGCCGCAGCGACAACAUGGGGGUUCGGGAUGCUGUGCCCGCAUUAUUCUUGCGAUUGGGGAAAGAUCAGGAAUGCUACGAUUUUGUGAAGUGGUGGGCUUCGACAGGUGAGCGCAGCGAUUACGAUUGGGGAGAUUUGGAUGAGCCAUAUCUCGAUCUGAAGGACCAGAAUGCACUUGAGCCACCUGUUCUCUUCGCUCGUGCAGACCUCUCCCACAGCAUAUCCGUCACUUUACUCAAGAUCCGCAUCCUUUUCGAUCUUCAAGCCUUAAAAAGCGCCGCAGCAAUAGGACAGAAGCUUCCACAGGAAGUUCUCGACAAUAUCCGUAACCAGAUGGCUAGUAAUAUUAUCUCUCAGCGACGGGAUAUUAUAGAGAGCGACAAUUUAGAUCCGCUGAUCGAUGACUUCCAAACCCAAGUGUCGGACAUGUACAACGCCGUGGAUAAGUCUAAUAGGUACUUCUGGCCAGCUCUUCUGCGGCCUGGAGACAACUUGACAGCUCGGCCGGGUAGUUACAGUAGUGGCAGUAAGGAAGAGAUGCAGCUCAAGCUUCUGUAUUCAUACAACUCGUGGGCCGAGACUCCGGGGGCAAUUGAUUAUAUAAGGAUGCUUGCUGCGGAUAGAAAUUGGUAGUUCAUAAUUCACAGAAGCUGCCUUCCGUUUGCGUGUAAGGAUUAUGGUAGCUUGGUGGACAUCCCAGAAUACUCUGAGACGAUGAAUACUAUACGACAACUAGACGCUCUCUAGUUAUCGGCCCAUGCAUUUUUUGUUUCGCGAAGAAAACAACUCAGUUGGGUGAGAUCUAAAUUUGCCCUUUUUCACAUGACUCUAUUGCUUAGUAAUGAGCCACUGGAUUUCAAUGUUCGUAUCGGCAUCAACAUUGUUCAAGACACGCAACAAAUCGCCAACCACGCCAAAGCAGCCUACGUCUAGUACAGUAUAUGAGCAGUAAUGAGUGAAUAGUCCGAUGGUAGAUGAGGU